AUGUCGAGUCUCAUACCCAUCGCCCAUCUCGAGCGCUUCCGCGAAACCGCGGCUUCUCUCAUACCGCAGCUCAUUGAAAGGCGCGAGGCACCCAAGAGCAUAAUCCGCUUCGACCCCUGUGCUACUACCUAUCUCCGCUAUAAACCCUCGAGUCUGUUUCCAGUAGAAGAGCUUGAGAGUCGACUAUGGGGGAAGGGAGACGAGUUCAUCAUCGAUUUUGAAAGCCACCGCACUGGAUAUUUCUCCUUCGACCUUGCGGGGGAGGGCGACUCGGUUGGCGAUGCCCCGACCAGGCUGAGAUUGGUGUUUGGAGAGGUGCCUGGAGAUGUGGUUGAGACGCUGGAUCCGGCGAAAUCAAAAUCGUGGAUCUCAACCUCAUGGUAUCCAGAUGAGAUUAUCAACAUCGAUGAAUGCCCCUCAAGUGUGAAUCUGCCGCGCCGAUUUGCGUUCCGUUACGUGCGUGUGCAGGUGCUGUGCGGAUCGAAGUCUUACAAGAUAAGGUUCUUGAAUGUGAAGGCUACGGCAAUAUCGUCAACCGCGUCCCUACCACCUCCGUAUCAGACCGCCGACGAUUUACUUAGGAGGAUAGAUCAGACCUCAGUGAUCACGUUAAGGGACUGUAUGACCACUAUCUUUGAAGAUGGACCGAGAAGGGAUAGGCGGCUGUGGCUUGGAGACCUUAGGCUGCAGGCGCUGGCAAAUUAUUAUACUUUCAAGAAUUAUGAUCUGGUGAAAAGGUGUCUUUACUUGUUUGCGGGGUUUCCAAGAGAGGAUGGAAGUGUUCCUGCAGCGAUAUUCGAGCGGCCUGUUACCAGGAGGGCGGGGGACUAUAUCUUGGAUUAUGAUGUGUUGUUUGGGGUGACAGUCCUGGACUAUGUUGAGGCAUCUGGCGACAAGGCUACUGGGCAUGAUUUGUGGCAGACCGUGGUUAAUAGUACCAGGAACUCUGUUUCAUCAAUAUCUGCUGAUGGAAGGUUUACACCCAAUAAGAAUGUUUGGGUGUUUCUCGACUGGCAAGACGGCCUAGAUCGAACUACGGGUGCUCAUGCACUUAUCGUCUUCGCACUGAAAGCCGUAAAUCAGCUUGCCUCUCUCCUAGGAUACCCGGCAAUCCAUACCGAUGUUAUUACGGCAUCAUCCGAGACUCUCAGCUCUGCUUUUGACGCAGAAAAAGGAGUUUUCGUGAGUGGCCCUAAAAGACAAGUUUCCUGGGCUUCUCAAGCGUGGAUAGCACUUGCGGACAUCGUGCCGCCGGAAAGGGCAAAAGUUGCCUUAGUAAAUGCAUACAAUGAUCCAUCGGCGACAAAAGCGAUGACACCGUAUCUGUUUCACUACGUCACAGAGGCUUUUGCACGAGUAGGGGCGAAGGAGGAAGCAAUGAGUUUGUUGUUGAACUAUUGGGGAGGGAUGGUCCAAAACGGCGCGGAUACAUUCUGGGAGGCGUACGAUCCGGCGGACUCAAUGUUUAGCCCUUAUGGGGAUCAUUUGAAUAACUCGUAUUGUCAUGCCUGGAGUUGUACUCCUGCUUAUCUUUUGAGGUCGGGGUUAAUACCGACGGGGAAUUGA